AGACAGACGACGAGAAUGGGGGAAGCAGUCAACUUCCUGUUCAAGAGCCCUGUGAUGAGUUGCCGACCCCUCAUGGGUCUACAUCACCUCUUGUCCAAAACCAGAUGGGAUCGACUCCAGGCCAGAGCAAGCCUUUGGAUACACAGGACAAGGAGCCGCAUGAAACUCAUUCUUUUAAGUGGCGCUUUGACAAGGAAGACAUAAACCUUACCUGCAGUAAAGCAGGAACCAUUGAGGAGUCGCUUAAGAGAAGUCCACAGUUUACAGAAAUCGCAGGAAAUAUUCAAAACAAAGAGCUUGUUAUUGAAAAAGAUGGAAAAGCUAUCAGUUCACACUUUCCAUGCUGCUUAAUUAAAGAUACACGACUGACUGUCAUGUAUGUUAAAGCUGUUAAAGCUGUUAAAGCUGUUAAAGCUGUUAAUGCUGUUGACGAGAAGAAACCAGUUCGUGUCCCUGUUCAUUACCAAGGAAAGAGGUCGUCUGGCGAUCUUGUGACGUUUCAUUUACGAACGAGGGGAGAUACAAAUGUAGCGUAUAUCAUAAGAAACCCAGCACUGAAAAAAAAAUAUUCAGAAAUGACUGUUUAUGCAUACAAAGGUGAAACAGUGAAGCAAGCUCUGGAAAGAGAUGGUCGUUUAGAGGAUACUGUAUUCAGAAAGAACUGCGAGCUAUUCGACACGAUCAAUAAAGAAAUCACUGAAAUGUCCUCUGUAGUUGAUGAUGGUCUUGAUGGUAAAAGUUUCACGAUCAGACUGGUCAAUAAGUCAAAUCCACCAGAAAGUCAGCCUGGCAGUCUUGGUGAUGAUUACAUGACGCAAAAUGAAUCUCAGAUAUCUGACCACAAAGGAAGCCCAGAUCCUCCACAGCAGUCUACCACAACUGACUCAGUGAACGACAACACACCAAAAGAAAACAUGGUGCGGGAAAUACCUGAUUCAAAAGAGAUGAGGAAUUACCUACAUUCACAGAUUCAAGAUUUGGUGAAAGGGAUGAAAACUCGGAAAGGAUCUAAACUUUCUCGUAUCCAGAGUCUCUUCCAUGUAGAUUACGGAAAGAACGAUCAGACGUGCAGGGAAGUGAAAACAAUGAAGAGACUGAUGGAACUUAGCGGAUAUGCCCCCGACAAUGCAAAGAGAGAAACCCAGAGUGUCAUAGAGUACGGUUAUCCUUUGUCCUUCAUUAUCGAACACGUCAUCGUCCAAAUGGUGGAAAAAGAAAAGUUUGAUGUGUUGGAGGAAUACUUGGCUUGCGAUUAUAAACAUCACCAAGACGUGAUCAGCAAUGUGAAGAAACUGGUUGAGAGCAGAAAUCUCCCGAGUUUCAAAGAUGCAGCAAACAAUCCAGAGGUCACAAUGUACCCGCCUCUGAAUGAGUUCUUUCAACUCUUGUCUCAGAGAGAAGAACCUGUCCCAAUGGACAUUAAUUGA